AUGUCCACAACGGACCAUAGUAAUUUAUCUGUGAUAACAAUUCAAUCGUCUGAACUCGAUCGUCUUCGUUCUGAUGUAUUAAAGACACAAAUAGCUGCAUACCGUCUUCUAGCUCGCAAUUUACCGGUAUCCGAUUCCCUACUAAAUGAAUGUUCCUACAAAGCUCAAUUAACUACCGUUUUCAAUCGACAUUUGCAACAGCAAGAACAAGAUCAGACAACAGAUCCAUCAAAACCGAACAGUAUCGUUCUAACCAAUGUCUCGAAACCCGAUGACCCAAAUGCUGACGGUGCAUCAAAAACAUUCUCGUCGGCGAGAGAAAUGUACCAAUGGUUAGUUCAAAAUAAUGAAGAAACAAGUAUUCAUCGAACUCAACAACAUCCGAUUUGUCUCAAUCCAUUGUACAUUCAACAAGAACGAGAUAAACGCUCUUACAAUCGAAUAUCAAAGCGUAUUCAUGAAUUGGAACAUAUGCCGGCUAAUAUGAGUAGUGAAUUACGAACACGAGCCCUAAUCGAACUAAAAUCACUGAAAUUGCUUCAAUUUCAAAAACAAAUUCGUCAUGAAGUUCUCAAUACAACGAAGAAAGAUACAUUUAUACAAACUGCUCUGAAUCCUCGCGCGUACAAACGUCCAAAACGUCAUCAGCUUCGUGAAGCUCGCACAACUGAACAACAUGAACGACAACGUAAAUUAGAAAUCAAGCAAAGAAAAGUUGACAAACAUCAAAAACUUCUCCAAGCGAUUCUAACCCACGCAGGAGAUUUUCGCGAGUAUCAUCGUCGAUAUGCUAUGACAACGACUCGAAUGAGCAAAGCGGUUCAGUCUUAUUUUGCUAAUACUGAACGCGAAUUAAUCAAAGAGCGUGAACGGCAGGAGAAAGAGCGAUUGAAACGUCUGAUGAAUGAAGACGAAGACGGCUAUCGGAAGUUAGUUGAUGAAAAAAAACACGCACGUUUAGCAUUGUUGUUAUCACAAACCGAUACUUAUAUUGAUAAUCUCAAACAAUUAGUACGGCAACAUCAACAAGCCAAUCGAUCACGUGGACGACCUCCGAAAAUCAGUCCCGAUCAAUUGGAAGAAGUCCGUGCAAUAACAUCGACAACAACUACUACUACUACAUCUUCUACAGAGCAAAAUUUGAAUUCGACAUCGACUGAUGAACAAGUCGAUACCGACGAAGCUAAACGUGAUGCCGUUAAAAUCGCCGCUACAAAAGAAGAUGAUGAAUACGAUGCGAAAGAGUCUUAUUAUUCAAUCGCUCAUCAUAUACGUGAACCUAUCACAGAGCAAUCCAGACUGCUCAUCGGUGGUCAACUUAAACCUUAUCAAUUACAAGGCUUAGAAUGGCUUGUAUCCCUGUAUAACAACAAUUUAAACGGUAUUCUUGCUGACGAGAUGGGCCUGGGCAAAACGAUUCAAACAAUUGCUUUAAUUGUUCAUCUGAUUGAUUACAAAACAAAUUCGGGCCCAUAUUUGAUCAUUGUGCCGCUAUCGACAUUAUCCAACUGGGCUGCUGAAUUUCAACGCUGGGCGCCUCAGGUCACCGUUCUGCAAUACAAAGGUUCACCUCAAAUUCGAAAAGUGCUUGCUCAAACGUUACGCGCAAAUCGUUUGAAUGUCCUAUUGACAACUUAUGAGUAUAUCAUGCGUGAUCGUGCGACGUUGUCGAAAAUCGCCUGGAAAUACUUGAUCAUCGACGAGGGACAUCGAAUGAAAAAUCAUCACUGCAAGUUAACACAAAUUUUAAACACACACUACAGUAAUGCUCCACAUAGACUAUUGUUAACUGGUACACCGUUACAAAACAAUCUGCCAGAAUUAUGGGCUUUGUUGAAUUUCAUUCUACCAACAAUCUUUAAGUCCGCAACGACAUUUACUGAUUGGUUCAAUGCACCAUUUGCUACACUACCUAGUGAAAAAGUUGAAUUAAAUCACGAAGAAACCUUGCUAAUCAUUCGACGUUUGCAUAAAGUUUUACGACCAUUCCUUCUUCGACGUUUGAAAAAGGAGGUUGAAUCCCAAUUACCAGAGAAAGUCGAAUACAUCAUCAAAUGCGAAUUAUCUGCUUUGCAACGUUGUCUUUAUCAUGCCAUGUCAAAAAAUCGAACGUUGAUAAUUGAAAGUCAAAAUGGUAAAGGAGGUCGUCGAGCGCUAAUGAAUAAAAUCAUGCAAUUACGAAAGAUUUGCAAUCAUCCAUUUCUCUUCCGAGAAAUUGAAGAACGUUUAGCACGAACACUUGGUCAUAGCAAUGGAAUUAUCGACGGGCCUGAUCUCUUUCGUGUAUCAGGAAAAUUCGAACUGCUCGAUCGCAUUCUACCAAAAUUAAAUGUUUCCGGUCAUAAAGUUUUACUAUUUUGCCAAAUGACAUCCGUUAUGGACUUGCUUGAAUGCUAUUUUUCCUAUCGACACUACUCUUAUCUACGUUUAGAUGGAACAACGAAAGCCGAUGAUCGAUGUGAACUAUUGAAAAACUUCAAUGAUGAUAACAACCAUUGUUUCAUAUUUUUAUUAUCAACACGCGCAGGAGGUGUGGGAUUGAAUUUACAAAAGGCGGAUACUGUGAUUCUAUUUGAUUCCGAUUGGAAUCCUCAUCAAGAUCAACAAGCACAAGAUCGUGCACAUCGUAUCGGACAAAAGAAUGAAGUGCGAGUAUUACGCUUGAUAACAGUGAACACGGUCGAGGAGAAGAUUUUAGCUUGUGCGAGAUACAAACUAAACGUUGAUGAAAUGGUCAUCCAAGCGGGAAUGUUCAAUCGGUCAUCGACAUCGAGCGAACGAUAUGAUUAUUUAGAACAACUAAUCGAAGGCGAAGAUGAAUCUAAAGAUGAUGACGAAGAUAUUCCGGAUGACGAAAUUUUGAAUCAAAUGAUUGCUCGAACCGAAAAGGAAUUCAAUUUAUUUAAUCAAAUUGACAUGGCAAGACGAGAACACGAAUCCUUACAUGGCGUGGGUAACAACGGUGAUGCAGCUAAUGAAAGUAUUGCUUGGAAAUUAACAAAUACAACAACUGCACCGGAAGUGUCGUAUACAAACGAUGAUCUGUCCAAUGCAAUGGACAAUGCAAAAACUCCAACGGCAUUCACAGCUCCUAAUGACGAUGAUACUAUCGAUGAAGGAGAACAGCUGACAGCUGGCGAAGAGACAACAUCAUUACCAUUAGAAGAACUUGAUGACGUUGAAGACGUGGACUUCACUCAAGAAACAUCGCGAAUUCAUCGUAAAAUGAAAACCAAUCGUUUGAUAACAGAAGAUGAACUACCUGCGUGGUUAAAGAAUGAUGUCGAUGAAGUGGAGAAAACUCUUCAAAAUGAGGAAGAUUUCGGUAAAGGACGUCGACAACGUAAAGACAUUGACUACAGUGAUAACUUAACCGAACGAGAAUUUUUACAAGCGUUAGAAGAGGGUAACUUAGAAGAUGCAAUUGAACAAAAACGUAUACGAAAGCAAACUCGUAAGAGUGGAAAUACAUUGCAGGAUGAUGACGAGAUUGAUAUGGAUGAAACUGAUCCUUGCUCGUCAUUUGAAACAUCUUCAACGACGAAACAGAAUCAGCAACACAAUUUACCAUCAAAACGUGGUAGCAUCAAGAAACGUUUGGAAACGAACGAUCCAAAAAUAGCAGAACAAUGCCGAUUACUGUUAGAGAAUCUAUUAGCGUAUCGUACAGAUGAUGAUCGUCAAUUAGCACAAAUAUUUAUUCGAUUACCCGGACAAAAAGAAUUGCCAAUUUAUUAUCAAAUUAUUAAAGAUCCAAUUGAUUUUCAACGUAUCCGACGAAAGAUUGACGCGUACCGUUAUUCGAGCUUAGAGCAAUUCGAUGCUGACAUGAAACUAUUAGUUACCAACGCUCAAACUUUCAAUUGCGAAACGUCAGUUAUCUACUCGGACUCAAUACAAUUGGAAAAGGUUUAUCAAAAUCUACGCGAACAGUUAAAAGCAGGUUUACUUCAACUACCGACAGAUACGAUGAAAGAAUCAACAACACAGUCAACAUCGAAACGUGGUCGGCGUACUCGAGCUACAGUGAAUACAAGCAACAACGAAUGUUCGAAAAGAGGACGGAAACGAAAAGCAGUCAUGGUGAUUGAAGAUGACGAUGGCUCGGAAAAUGAAUAUGCUGUACCGAAUAAUGGUGAUACGACAAAGAAUUAG